AUGGCUUCCAUUGAACAAAGUAUGAAGCGUUCCUUUUCUGACAGUCAAAAAAUUCUUAAACAUGCAGAAACACAUAAUUCGAUACCAUUAAAAUCAUUAACUAUAACUAUUGAUCCCGGUGAACAAUCACCGAUUCUUUCUGAUCGAUCAUCAACAAACAAUAUAAUCAAUGAUGAAUAUAAAUCUGAUUCAAAAUUGCCUAUGAAACGAAGAUUUGCUAGAACAUUAUCGAUAGCUUGUGUAAGUUAUCGAUUGACAAAGAGAAAAAAAUUACAUCAAAGAUGUUGUCAAAUAAAUGAUAUCAUGUGUGUUGUUGGCUUAUUCGGUAUUAUUUUAAUGAUUGUCGAAAAUGAAAUAACUUUUAUGCAUAUCGAUCAUCAUGAUAAUCUUGCAAAUAUAAGUCUUUAUUGUGUUAAUAAUUCUAUUGAAUACUGGUUUGUUGGAUUGACACGAAGAAAAUUAGGUCUAAUGAUUUUAGAAAUAUUACUUUGUUCUAUUCAUCCGAUUCCUCGAUAUUUUCCUAUUGAUGUAUAUUCUGAAAAUGAAAAAACGAAUUCAAAUUUAACAAUGACUAAUCGUUCUACACUGAUUUCAAUCUCUUUAAAAUAUAUUCCUGUUGAUGUUGCACUUGGUUUACCGAUGUUUGGUCGUUUGUAUAUGUGGUGUCGUUUUAUUACAUUUCAUUCCCAUUUGGUUCAAGAUACAUCAUCACAAGCACUUGGCUAUCUCAACAGAGUAUCAAUUGAUUUUUUCUUUGUUAUUAAAACUUAUUUUCAACAAUCUCCAACACUUUGUUUGGUAAUAUUUUGUACAAUUGUCAUUUCUAUUGGUAGUUGGUCAUUGCGUGCAUGUGAUUUUACAUCGGUCAAUGAACAUAUAUCGAUACUCGAUGCCGUAUGGCUCUUUAUUGGACCAUUUACUACAGUGGGUUAUGGAGAUUUGACACCGGCGACCUAUUGUGGACGAGGUGUAGCUGCCAUAGCAAGUACGAUUGGUAUUUUGGUUGCUGCUCUACUUACAGCUGUCGUGGCAGAAAAACUUGCCCUAUCUCGAUGGGAAAAAUAUGUUCACGAUUUUGUUUUAAAUAGUGAACUAGCCAAACAACGUACGCAUCAAGCAGCCAAUGUUCUUAUAUAUGCAUGGAAGAUGUGGUAUUUAAAAAAAAUGAAUAAGAAACGAUCAACUCGAUACAUAACAGUACAACGAAAAUUGUUCGAAUUCAUCUAUAAUAUUAAAAAAACUAAAGAAAAACAACGAAAAUUAACCGAUAACUGUGUAGGUCUAGCUGAAAUAAUGAUGAUUCAUCGUGAGACAAGUAUAACAAUUGAUGAAACCGUUAAACAAAUGUCUACAAUGAAAUUGAAAAUGGAAAAUGUCGAGAAAAAACUUGAUAAUGUCAAUCAUACAGUACGAAAAAUGUAUAAAACAUUAAAUCAAUUGUUAGAUAAACGUGCACCAUGA